CUACGGGCAUCUGGUCGCCGCCACGCGUUCACCCUUCACUGUGUUCCCCAAUACCUGCACGUGGAGUGCUGGCGUGUUCAACAUUGUCUCCAUACACACAGCUAUACCUGCACCGACCUCAGAUAAGAUACGUUACAGUGUAUUUACCGUUGACUGUACUGCACAGCAAGCUAAGGUGACAUUGAAACCGCUAUUCACGACAGGCUCUAAGCUUGUUUUGUCAUUCACUGCAUUGACUCGCCUGAAUCAAUACAACCCGGCGUAGUGAACGCUAACCGCGACUGUCGUCCUCCAGCCCCAGCGGACAAGCUUGACUGCACCUAGGUGGUCGACGCUACGAGCGACAGUCUACCCGACCUUCACAAGUGACGCUACAGUCUUCAAGAUGUCCGCCCUCACACAUACCGUGAUAUUCGGCUUGAUAUUAAUCAGCGCAUGUGAAUCCGAGAAGUUGUUUAAGUCUAUGGACGUCAACACUCCUUCACAUGUCGCAACCAUUACCAACUUCAGUGUCAACAAUGAAGCGAGAAGUGAGGUCUACUUCGUCACCGCAAAGUUCAACAAGAACAACGUAUUUCCCACAUUCAUGGUGCUGGAGACGGAUUCAGUGGACCAAAAAUGCGACACGAAGGCAAUAUGGUCCGGUUCAGCUCAACCCGGUCAAGCCAGCUGCUUCGACCACGAAGACGACAUAAUGGUAUGCUUCAGCACCAUCAGCAACCUGACCAUCGCCGCCGACGCCAAGUACAGCCUGUUCGGCCUCAACUGCCAGGGCACCACAGCGAGGCAGGGUAUGGUGAUGCACGUCAUAGUUGCACAAAAGGGAGCCAAGCCUGAGGACAAGUACAAUCCCGUGCCAGCACCUAACCCAGCUGACCACUACGACAUCACACCCGUCAUCCCCAUCGCCAUCGUCAUGGGCAUCAUCAGCUGCAUCUUCAUUGUCUGCUUUUGUUACAGAAGUCGGGACUGUUUUUCACGGAAGUCUUCAAUAAGGAAGGGGAAGAAGUCUGGCUCAACGGAGGAAGCCAAGGCAUUUAUCAAGGAAGAGAGGGAGGCCGUCGCUUAACUUGUAACCCCCACCCCCCAAGAAUUUGCCCUCUUUGUUUAUUCUUUCUACUAUUUACUUGAUAGGUAAUUUUCUUGACAGUUUCAGCGUUAUGAAUACACUGUGGAUAUUUACAAUGGAACUUCUCUAAACCAGACUCUCUUGUAACCAACCUCUGUAAGAAUUCGAUAUUUGUUCCUGAAUAAUCCAGGUGCAUUAUCAAAAUACAUUUGACGUUUUGACGUUUUCCCCAAAAUGUAUCUGUAGAUAAUUCCCAUCCAUAAUUGUGUCUUCUGUUUAUUGCUGAGGCAGAGGGGUAGCUUAGUGGUUAAAGCGUUCGCUCGUCACGCCGAAGACCCGGGUUCGAUUCCCCACAUGGGUACAAUGUGUGAAGCCCAUUUUUUGCUGUCCACCGUCGUGAGAUUGCUGCAAUAUUGCUAAAAGCGGCGGAAAACUUUACUCACUCACUCACACUAACUGUUUUUCGCUGUACUCCAUCUUCCAUAAUACUGACCAGGUUUAAUCUGCUACCGUUAUGAAAGGCCCCUUGAACACCUAUAUAGAUAGCUAUAUAGGACAAAUGCGAUUGAAACAUUUUAUAAACCCCACCAUUUUUGUACACAAAGCUGUAUAUAAUUUGGAUUUGUGAAAUACAUCUAGCUAUAUGAAAGUCAUUUUGGGUAAUAUAUGUCUUAUAUUGCGUCCAUCAUGUUUUAUACUGAACCCUUGUACAUGUAUUUAAAUCGCUGCAUUAUCCGCAUUUAAUGUAUGUAAGUAUUGUUUAUAAUGCCUGUUUAGGAACUAGAUUAGGGUGCUGUUUGUUCCUUGUCUAUGUAAAUCAUAUGGAGGCUACAUUGUAUAUUUAGUUUUAUAAAGUUCAUUAUGAGUGUUUUACUCGGUUUCCAAGACUCGGAUCUGUAUUUCCGAGACUUCCUGGUACAGCUUGAUGGGGUAAUGAAGACUGAGUUGAUCUAUGGAUAUCAGCCUUAUGUGUUUACUGUGAAACACAUAUGAUAGAACUUGACAAUUGUUCUUCGUUCUUCGUAAACCUUCAUUGACAUCACUCAUUGACAAUGAUUCAGAUCACAUUGGUGUGGCAUUUUUCUCAUUUUCCAAAAUCUUCACAAAACACACGGGCUAGUCCAGACGGAAUUAUCUCCCCUUAUUGUGAGAUCCAUCAUAGCAAACGAUGGGAAUGUUUGGCUCACAACGUGGUAAUGCUAAUACGAAGCCACCUCAAUCGGCACUCAUACAUCCUACAUGUAAAUCUCAGCCACUACAUAGAGAAAAUAUAGCGUUUGUAAUCGCACAUUCGUUUGACUGUAUUUACCGUGAAGGAUCGUUUAUCUUCAAAUAAGCAUCCUUCGUGUCACGCUUGUUCGCUCCUUAAGUAGUAUGAUGUAGAUGUUUUUAACGAUACGCACUUUGCCUUUUUGAAUGUACACAUAUCAGUGAAUACACAAUGCCCCUUUCAGGGCGAGGCUGUGGGUUGCAGUGUUGUCAGAAUACGUUGUUUGUGUCAAAUACACUUCUAGUUAGUUUUGAUUACACGUGAUUUUUAAUAAUGUUUUGUUCCAUGUGUUUUAAAGUAUCAUUAGUCGGACCUCAACCACAAUGACAUAACGUUGGCAUAUGCAAGUUAUAAUCAGAUAAUCUAAAGAUGUGUAAUUAUUAUAUGCAAUAACAUAUCGUGGUACUGCUUUACAGACCCGGAUGAUUCAGUGAUUGGUUGAUAGAUAUUUACCCAUUAUUAACAAGUAAAGCACAGGUUGAGUUUUCUACGGACAGGUUGGUAUGUCGAUUGGUAUGCUGGUAUGUCGAUUGGUAUGCUGGUUAGUUGUAUUAUUUUCAAUUGUUUGUAUUUAGAGCAGUGCCUACCAAUAGAUUCAAACAAUAUUAAUUGGAGCCUUGUUUUACACACAAAAAUCAAUAAAAAUUCCUUUUAGAUAA